AUGACGGAAAGGAGGAGCAAGAUUUGCGACUUUAGCUACACAUUUAUAUUUUUCCAUCUAAUGAUAAAUCAUAUUUUUGGACAAACGCUGUUACAAGCUGUUUGGAUGGUACCGUUUACGUCACAUCCGACGUCAAGUUUCUUCUACAACGCGUCAUCUUCCGUUUCGGCGCUAGCGCUUGGUCUUCAGACGGUAUAUAAUCAAUCUAUUUUACCAGGAUAUGUGUUCAAUAUUACAGUGAUAGAUACAGAGUGCAGCAGUAAACAAAGUAUGGGGGCCUUGGUAGAUCUUCUGCUGGAGCGAAACGUUGAUGUCGUUUUUGGACCGCCCUGUUCUAAAGUUGUCCAGCCCGUUGGUGAGUUACUCGCAUACAGAGAUGUUCCAUUGCUGAAUUGGGUGUCUCUCGGUCAACCUAUAGAUUAUAAGACAGAACAUAACACGUACAUACGAACAAUGGCUCCAAUAUCGUCACUAGGUGGCAUUAUGACAUUAUUUUACUACUACACCGGUUGGAGGAGACUGGUCAUGAUUUCUAGUGAAGGCGAUGAUUACAAGAGUGCAGCUGGUGUCAUAGAAACCAAUCUCAAAGAGCAUGCUGCGAAUUAUUUCCUGUUAGCCCAUCACUAUAGUGACGUCAACAUUAAUGCGUCUGCAAAGGAAAUUGACCAAAUCCUGUCGAAUAUUAUCUACGAAGGAAGAAUUAUUAUAUUGGUAAUACCGCGGAAUGAGUUACGUACAUACAUGUUACAGGCGCACUUCCUAGGACUGACCAGCGGAGAUUACCAGUUCCUUUUCACGGAUACCCGGCUUGCUGGAAAUGCGGACAUGGCCUUUAUAAACAGUGAUCAGUUAUGGAAGAGAGGUGACCAGUACGACACUGCAGCUAGACAGGCGCAUGAAAAUGUUCUAUAUUUUGUUCUCGGUCAUGAUUCACAUGACGUAACAGAAUGGAAAACUGAAUCAUUUGAUGCUUACAAUAACAUCUUCAAUGGUAGAUCUGAUAUACCAGAUCCUAGCGAGCCGGAUGAGUUUGCCGCCUACCUACACGACACCGUCAUAUUAUAUGCUAAAACGUUGAAUCGGACUCUAACUUACGGAUUUACCGGAAGUGGAAGAGCCAUAAUCGCCUGGUCAUCCUUAGAAUUUUUUAAAGGGCUAUCAGGAGAUGUUGUCAUGAACACGUUGGGUGAUAGACAGCCCACAUUCUUCGUGUACGACAUGGAUUCGUCGGGAUCUUUUCACCAAGUUGCCAGCCUACAGUAUACGAUCGAUGAAAACUUGGCGAAAGUUAAUGCGACAUCAACAUUUACAACUAUUAUCUGGGGAGAUGGCAGCACUACAGAUGACCCUUAUAUUCCCCCAGACACGCCCCCUUGUGGCUUUUUCAACGAAAAUUGCCCGCCGUCGGACUCGCCCUCAGAGAACAUUUUGAUAAUCAUAAUCCCAGUGUGUCUCACAAUGUUGGUGAUUCUACUUGCGUUAUUUCUUGUCUUCAGGUGGUGGAGAAGUGAAAGUAAUUUCAGGAAUAUGUCAUGGAAAAUAGAUUACAACAACUUAAACUUCAACUUGACCUCCAAGAAAAUACACUCUUCUAUGAGAGCAUCGAAGGGUCUUAACAGUAGUACUGGUAGUUUGGACAGCACGAGUUUAUCCGGAACUAUCCGAAGUGGAGCAACUUCCGCCGCGACUUCUAGGCAUUCAUUAAAUAGAGGACAGAUUUUUACAACCGUUGCCAUGCUUAAAGGAGAAAUGGUGGCCGUGAAAAUAUCUACAAAAAAGAAAAUUCACACAGAUAGGAAGUUUCUGCUGCAAAUGAAACGUUUAUUCGAGUUAAAACAUGCGAAUGUAACAACAUUUGUUGGAGUGUGUACAGUACCAGAGAAGAUUUGUUCCGUAUGGGAGUAUUGUAGUAAAGGAAGUAUUCAGGACGUAAUUGAAAAUGACGACAUUAAUUUAGACACAAUGUUUAAACUUUCACUGGCCCUCGAUAUAUGUCAGGGUUUGGACUACCUUCACAAGAGUUCAGUCAGAUUUCAUGGUAAUUUAAGAAGCUCAAAUUGCGUUAUUGACAAUCGAUGGGUUUGUAAAUUAACUGACUUCGGUACACAGAGAUUGAAACCGGCAGACGAGUCCGUUGAUACUUUCGGCGAACAUGCUUUCUAUGCACGUUUAUUUUGGACGGCACCAGAGAUAUUACGGAAACUAUUGAAGAAGGAGCACGUGUCAGGCACGAGUGAAGCCGAUAUUUAUGCUCUUGGAGUAAUAAUUAAAGAAUUGUUGUGUAGAAAUGAGCCUUACUGCGCCGAAUCUCAUCUUUCUCCAAAAGAAAUCAUUACGAAAGUAGCUGAACCGGAAAAUUCGGACGAAGUUUUCAGACCGGUUAUAUCAGACACGGAACUAGAUUCAGACUAUAGUCAGUCCAAUAUGAUAUACCUUAUACAGCGGUGCUGGGCCGAGGAUCCAGAAAUAAGGCCAAAGACCAAAAAUAUCAUCCGAACAUUAAACAAAUUGAAUCCAUACAAAAAAGCAAGUGUAGUAGACAACAUGAUUGCUAUGAUGGAAAAAUAUACCAACAACCUGGAAGACAUUGUUGCUGAACGAACAGAACAACUUCAAGAAGAGAAAGUCAAGACUGAUGCUCUUUUAUACAGGAUGCUUCCUAGAAAAGUUGCGGAAGAUUUGAAAGUUGGUCGGUCUGUACAAGCGGAGGCGUUUGAUUCUGUGACAAUAUAUUUCUCCGACAUUGUACAGUUCACUAACCUAGCUGGUGAAAGCACACCAUUAGAGAUAGUGGCCUUGUUGAAUGCAUUGUAUACAUUGUUUGAUGCCAUUAUCAGUCAUUAUAAUGUAUAUAAGGUCGAGACGAUCGGAGAUGCGUACAUGAUAGUUUCAGGAUUACCAGAAAGAAACGGGACGCUGCAUGUGAAGGAGAUAGCAGGUGUUGCUCUCAGCAUUUUACAAAGUGUGCUCACAUUUGAAAUACCUCAUAAACCAGACAGACAACUUGAGAUAAGAAUAGGAUUACACACGGGCUCGGUGGUAGCCGGGGUAGUUGGUCUGACAAUGCCUAGAUAUUGUUUGUUUGGAGAUACUGUAAAUACUGCGUCGAGAAUGGAGUCAAACGGAAAACCUUUGAAAAUCCACAUCAGUCCAAGUACUAAAGAAGCCUUAGACGAGUUUCCGGAAUUCUUGGUAGAAGAGAGAGGGGAAAUCCCAAUUAAGGGUAAAGGAUUGAUGCGCACAUACUGGUUGUCAGGACUAUACAGCGAAAACGAAGAAAUCUGUAUCGAAUCUGACCAGUACCUGAAACUCAUAGAACCCGAUAAGCAUCUAAAUGAUAGUCCAACUGACGAAGAUAAUGGUGGUGGCGCUAAUAAUCUAGCUGCAGACGAACUGAAAGUGUGCGACAAUUUUCAGGGAAAAGUGAGCGUUGCUGAUUCCGGGAUAAGUAUGGACAAAGGAGUCGACGAUAAAUUCGGAAAUGUUUUUCUAAAUACUGACACAACUAGCGGAGAAGAUAUUGAGGCAGACUGCGCUGUGCAAUCGUCUGGUGCAAACUUGAAACAAACCGGAAAUGACAUCAUAAAUACAGGUGGUGUGUCUAGAUUCAAUGAUGGAGAAAUAAAUAAUGGAGAUUCAAACAGGACGCUUGGAAAAUUUUCUCUCACAGAAUUCUUUUGUGAAACAUUCAAUAGAAACGCUUACGUUGACGAAAACAAUUCUGAUCCAAAGUUGACUGAUGAUAAUCAGCAAAGUGCUCAGAAAUUAGAAAUAAUAAAUGAUUCCAGCUCUCUAUCAAGUUCAGAUGAUUUUGAAACAUUUGGUGCAACUCACACAAAUUCUAAAAGUAUAAAUACAAGGAACGCAGAUGCAAAUGAAAUGGAGGAAAAUAGACUUCUGCGUUUACGCGAAAGGCACACUAAUUAUAAAACGUCAAAAGGGUUGCAGACUAUCUCUGUGGAAGAUGACGGUUCUGAAAAUGAUACUGCAAGUGAAAAAAAUGUAAAGAAAACACAGAAAUUUCGACCACCGGCAAGAACAAGUGCUACCGACUUUAUGGCCGUCCACAACAACUGGUUUCAAGAUUGAUAUUAACUUAACUGACGUGCCAAUUAUUCAGAAGUUACUGAAAUAAGAUGAAAUAUUUUUCAUAUUUUCUAUCAUUUAACUAUCUUCUAUUUCUCCUACUUAUGUUUAGUUCAUAUUAAUCUUAAACAUGUAAUUACAAUUGUUCAAUUAUCAUUGUAUUUACGUUUAUUAAUAUUUGAUAAAUGAUCAUUCUGAUUCUUGGUAAAACGCCAUUCCCUUGUCAUCUAAGAGAUGCAAUGAAUGAAUAUAGGAAACAUUUGCAAUUAAUGUUUGGGUGAACUAGACAAAUACAUAGUAAAAACGGCUUGAAAAUGGCAGAUUCUUAAAAUCUUAGCAUAGAUAAAUACUUGACUACAUUUGUAUUUCUAAUUGAAGUAAGCUUAUAUUGUCUGUUUAUCAAAUGACUGAUUUAACAAGUUUUAAAUUUUGAGUUUUAAGAUUUAAACAACUGACACUAUGACAGUAAGACAAUAAAUCUACACAACAGGAUAAUUUUGUUCCAAUCCGAGUCAAGUUCAGAUUUUCUUUUUUUUAUGUGAAGUGGUCAUGCGCGGGUCAAUACGUGUAGGGGGUCACAACCACCACCCUACUAGAUUUGGACUCAAAUCCCCCACCCCUGUAAACAUUAGUCAACCCACUUCAGAAUAUGUUUUACAUCUUUUCGGAAUUUUGCGAUCUCACUGGAUCCGCGCCUGUUGUGUUUAAAAGCUGGAUUAAUGGUGGAUUUUAUUCAAGUCAUGUUUUAAAGUCAUGUAACUACGUUUAUAUUAUGUUUAUCUAUGUGUAAACCAUUUUACAAGUCGUUAACGUGUCUUACUUG